UUCUCCCACACACCCACCAUGGCGCACCUCGGCCAGGGUCUCCGCCUCUCCGCUGCUCCCGCCCUCUUAUCAGUUACGCUCACUAUGCAUGGGGAAGUUCCCGCACUCUACACCUGGCGACACGUCCACUGCAUGACCAGGGCGGGAGUAAAUGCCCCAUGUGACACGUGGAGGUGGGGCGGGGCGGAGCGGAGAGGAGGCCAGUAUGCCCCUGACUGUGGUGGAGGGAGGGUGUGUGUGAGUGUGCGUGGCAGUGCCGCUGGUGUUUCCCGCUUGCCUACCUUCCUACCAACCUUCCCUCACACCUGAGCUGUCUACCUCACGUGCCCUCAUUGCUUCUUUCUGGUGGCGGUGCUCUGGCCGGGCUGGUGUAGCUUCCCUGUAGUCUGUAGCCAUAGAGACGGGUUUUUCAUCUCGCCACGCUGUCCGCCUCGCCUUCCCAUGUAAGGAUCUGGCCCCCCCGUGUCUAUGGGCCGAAGCGAAGCCGAUGUGAGUUGUCGGCAGCAGUUGAGGUGGAUCGUCUGAGGUAAGAUGGCAGCGGUGUGCAGAGCGGAACACAGUGGCGGUAGGCGGCGGAGCCUUACCUGGCGGAGCUCCGCCGAGUGACUUUUCCCUCAGGAAACAAUUGCGUGGAGGCCGAUGACCAGGGAACUCCAAGCACGAUACCCGAGAGUGUUGUGAACUGUGGAAGAACGAGUCGCUGGCCGGCCGUCGGCGGUGGGCCGGCAUGAUGGGGUGAAUCGGCCGGGACCUCGCAACGCCGCCAGCUGGGCGGGGCCGGGUCAUGCAGUGCGGGACGGGGUUCCCGGGGAAAGGGGGCAGGGGGGGCGAGGUCGGGGGGAGUGGCCGGGGCCCUGACGGAUGGUGAUCCCAUGUGUGCUGCUCGUGGCGGCCCCCAGGGGGAUGUCUGCCACCCCAGUAGCGCUCCAGGGCAACGCCCCCCUCCGGCCGCUAUGCAGGCUCCGGCAUCAGCCCGGAGUCUGCCAGGGCCUGGGGGCGGCGGGAACCCUUCCGGCCACCUGACCAAACCCUCGCCCCGCCCCCUUCACCUGCAGCAACUGCCGGAGCGCUUCACCCGGCUGGGGAGGUCCCCGGACGCCGAGAAGCCCGACCGAGUGUGGACGGUGCGGGGCGAGACUGGUACUGGGCCGAAAGGUCCGAAUGAUGUCAUCAUCACCGACAUCUGCCUCAAUCACAACCCGAAGCUGAGCCUCAACACCAGCUCCGUCCGGGCCCGCCAGCACCCAACACCCGACAUCCAGCAACUCUCUGUCGUCGACCUUCAAAAGCAUGCAACUCAGGGCCCCUUGAGUCCCCGCCGCCCGUUGUCUCCCACACAGCCUCAACCGGCCACUCAGGACACUCAGGAGCUCAGAUGCAGCUUUUUCGGAGCAGCUCGAUCCUUCUUGGGGCGUCUGGUGGCUUCCAUCCGGAGUGGUGAUCUGUGUGGCGGCCAGGGGGAGGGGCACCAGCCCGAACCGGAAAGGAGAGAGGAGGCUGAGGUGACGGACGACCAGCCAGAGCAAGUCCCAGCAGAAGGACAUGACGCCACGCAGCGACUGGUGGAGACGCAGGAGACGCCGCGCGGCUACGACAACCCAGUGGCGUCCUCGUCGCCUAUGACGUCCGCUGCGGGCCGGAUAGUGACGCCAGAGGUGGUUGUGACUCCUGAGAAGAGCGCCAGAAGGUCCCGGGCGUCGUGGGGGGUGCUGAGUGACCUGGCGACGCAGCAGAACUCAGCAGGUCCGACCUCCUCCUCGUCGGCGGAUCCGAUCUACAGCAGCCCCGGGGCCGCCUCGCACCUGCAGCCCCCCACAGAGGGCGGCAGGGAGCUUCGGGCUGUUCGCUCUUUGCUGGACAUUCAGAGGGAGAAGGAACGCGCUGAGCUCCACCCCGCGCGCUACCAGGACGAUCUACGGGUCCUCUACAACAUAUACAAACGGGAGUUGGUGUCGCAGCUUGUGUACCGCGAGGCCGGCCAGAUCUUCCAGCGGGAGGGGGCGGUGGGGGAGCCGCCGCCCCUGCGCCGCGUGAUUGGCUCCCCCUCGAACACCGUCACCCAGGACGACUUGAGGGCGCGGGAGUCGAGGAAGAAACUCAUUAGAAAGAUAGCCUCCCUGCGGCCGGUGGUGUCCCCGCGCGGGCUGGAGCCGGAGCCGUGCUGGGAGGAGAGUGAGUUCGUGCAGUCGUGCCUUCAAGCCCACAACUUGUACCGUGCCCGCCACUCCUCCGCGCCCCUCACCCUCUCCAACAAGCUGUGCGGCAUGGCCCAGGAAUGGGUGAACCACCUGGCCCACACCGGCACCCUCAGGCACCGCGGCGACCCAGAGCUUGGCGAGAAUCUCUUCUGCAGGAACACGGCGCUCAUCCUGCGGGGCCGCACCUCCGUCAUGCCCGACAUCACAGGGGAGGAAGUGGCCGCCUAUUGGUACAGCAGCGUCCGGCAGUACAGAUUCAAUAGGCCGUCCAACAAACUACAGGCCAGUCAGGUGUUGCCAGCUCUCCCCCACUCACCGAGGUCCUCCCGCGCAGGCCCGUUCACGCAGAUGGUGUGGCAGAGCAGCCGCGAGUUCGGGGUGGGCAAGGCGAGGAGCAGGUCGGGCAAGGUCAUCGUGGUGGCACACUACUCCCCGCCAGGUAACAUAGAAAACGACUUCAAGGAAAACGUGCACCCGCUCAACACGCGCGCCCUGGCCGCCGAGAUCCUGGGGCGGCCUCCUCCCGCGGCCGUGAUGGAGGGCGCGGACGGGCCGGCGGUGGAGCGGGUGAUGCGCGUGCUGGCCGCCCAACCCCCGCGGCUCACGGGACGCAACGCCACCAAGGUCAUCGCCGCCCAUCUCCUCGGACACACGGUCACCCUGGUGAACACCCCAGACGAGGAGCUGCAGGUGGUCAUCAACAGGCCCAGGCAGGUUGGUCGUAGGAGGGGGGCAUUUAAACGAUCUUCCUCGGACGCAGGUCGCACACCGUCUGAUGCCUCUUCCACAAAUGUCCUCGCUGGUCUCCCCGAAUUGUCGUGCUGUCCUACGAGCUUCAGGCUGAGAGCAAGGGCAUCUGUAUCACCUGCAGACGUCCAGUCCAGUGUGAUUCACGAGGCUUCUGAAGGCAGUGAUCGUGAGAGCGAAUUUGCGAGUCCCUCCAGAAACAGGCUUCCCCCUUUGAGUGCGGAAGGCUCUAAGGAAGGAGCUGAAGAGAGCCACACGGAGGUUAUUGAACUUCAGAGGGGAGAUUUAGGAACUCCUCCGUCGGAUGUUGAGGUGAUCAGUUCCUUAAGCGUGAGUGCCAGUCCCAAAUAUUCUUCAUCUAGAUCUAAGAGACCUCGGUUAAAGAAAACGGGACAGUCGGACCCUAACAAUUCAGACUCUAGUACAGAUCUUGAGGUCAUUAGAAGAGAGUCCUUUGAUUCUGUGGAUUCUCAGUCGCACCCGGAGCCCAGACCUAAGGGGGUGCGGCAGGACUCGGUUGCAAAGGAAAACACAAAGACACCUCGCGAUGGAGCGGCAGAGCCUGGCAUAAACAAACAGAACAUGGGCCUGAAGCUCCCGUUCGAAAUAGGCGACGCUGAGUACGGACGCUUGAACUACUACGCACUUAGUCCCAUGCGAUACUAAGUGACCCUCAGUCAUGAACUCCGUGAACAUUUGACAGAGGGGUAUACGAAAAUAUCAUUUAUCGAAUCGAUAUAAUUAUGUUAACUUCUUUCGAAGCGUAUUUCACUUCAUAGUGUGUGAGCGAGUGAGACCAAAGUGAGACUGAAUCAAAUUUCCAGGUGAAAAUAAGUCAAAAGAAAGUGAUCAUGGUGGUGGUUACUGAUGUGAUAAUUUCCAGAGUGUUGCUGUUGUUGUUAGAUGAGAAACUUGUUAUUACGUGCCUGAAAUGUGCCAAGCUAGAGCCUUUCUUCGUGGUCUCGGAAGGCAAGGUUUUGUGGCAAGCAUCCCUCGUGUCUUUUGAUUUAUAUCUUCCAUUUCCGUAGAGUAAUACUUGCCCCCACGUGUAUAGGUGCAUCCCACAUUAUCUCAACUCCCUCAACCAUGUGGAUGAUGUUUGCCAUGAAAGACAAGACUUGCCGUGCACGCUUCUCUAUGCAAUACAAAUUAUUCCUGUAUGAAGCUGAUCAACAGUUUGUAACUGCCUUCGCGACCUCCAGAUGUCGGUUUGUAAACAAUGAAUCACGUGUAUAAUUAUAUUUUCGUCGUGAUUCGCAUUUAAUCGGUUCUUGAAUAUUCUCAAAAUAGACCUAAGUGGUAAAUCUCCAGGCUGUUCAAGGUGCUUCAUCAUUUACCUGUAUAGAUUCAUUGUAUAUUUAUUUUACUCAUCAUUACAUUUACUCCUUACGGGAUGCCAGACCAUUAAGGCGCAGGUGACAUGUCUUACCUGUGUCCGUCAGGUUGGGUCGGAGUGUCAUCAUAUUUUCCUGCACAGACACAUUUCAGUUUUGCCAGAUCAAAUGUAUCUGAGGAUCAAACUGAUACUGUUAUUACUGUUAUUCUUGUUAUUCAGUGUAAGAUAAUUAUAUUAAUCUUAUUUCAGUAUUAAACAGUACAUGGGUUGCCUUAUACACAUAUGAAUGCGACUCUUAAGCACAUAACAAUAAUCAACCGACGGUGUUUGUUUUGGGCCACGUAACGAUGAGUCGUUGGGUGCUUAAGUGAGAGUGAAUGACGAAGACAACCACUGCUACAGCCACCAAUAAAUCAUUUAUCAUUAUUAUGUCUUAAAGAUUAUUUUGACAACUUACUUGAGGCUGUGUUCGUUCAUAUCAUAGUGUACUACAUGUGUUACCUUUAGCUUUAUUUUCAACAGUAUUUUUUACUGAGUAAUUGUUUCAUUAUUUUGCACUCGUGCGUGUGUGCCGCGCCGCCAGGCUGGUGAUGUGUGGAGGCUGCGGGGGAGGGGGCUGGGGAGGGCAGACUGCGGGGACGAGGAAGGAAAUGUUCACAGCACUAAAUUUUUUUGGAUAUGAAAUUGGUAUAGCAACGAUGAUUUGUAAAAGGUAUUCAGCCGUAAAAUAUCUGAGGUGAGGAUGUACAAAGAACCUUGACCAAAGCAGGUAAAAGUUGCUUCGGUUUUGUAAUAGUGUACCGUAAGAAUAUAUGAUAUCAAAGAACGUAAAUGCUACGCCCCAGCCUCGUGAAACCAGCUAACUAAUAAAGAAUAAGUAAGCACACACACACACACACACACACACACACACCGGACGGAGCAGAGAUACAUGGGCAGUCUCCCUUGACCCGUGCCCCUGUCCACCCAGCAGUGAGUGGCUACCGGGAGUCAGGCAGGGUCGUGUCCCACAUCCCGGGUGGUGGUCCGGCUCCUGCAAUGGCGGGUAACUCAAGGGUGCAAACCUAGGCCCCCAAACCUGGCCUCGGCUAAACAAGCAGUAAUGCAAACGGACAAGGAUCUGCAUAAAGCAAGGGAAGUCGAAAGACAAAAAUGAGUCGUAACACACACACACACACACACACACACACACACACAGACACACAUCUGUUAUCUCGCCUUCUCAUCUGAAAAGUUACUGUCACAAACAACACGCUGGUCAGAGCUGAGUGUAUAUGACGCUUCCAGAAACCUGAUAGUCAAGAAAAUUAAUGUAGUAAAAAGAAAUUUUAGUUUCUCUAAAUUUAAAUCUUGCCGAAACGGUGGACAGUAAAAUAAACUUUAAUUCCAUGUAAUUGAGUAUGCCAGCUGCUCUGCUCAUGAACCACCACGGAAAGCAAAACCCGAGGUCUCGAACUGCGAGGCGUCCUUCAGUGUGCCGUGAACCGGAGGUCCUUAUUCGGCGAAUUCGUUAUGACUCACAGAUUGUUACUUUGCAAACACUGGAAGAUGAUCAGUAGUGUUUUCGAUUUUAUUUUAUUUAUGUAUUAAAAUAAAGCGUGUAUUGCUCACCAUCUACGUGAAAUGAAACACUGAAUCACUAACUACGGAUAGAAACUACACUGGUGGCCUUACGGGUGGUGCUCAAUACUCUCCAGUACUGCUUCAGAGGAAACAUUUGAAACAUUUAAUAGUAGUCAUGGAAAUACAGUUUAUCUGAUUUACAACUGUGGAGGUUGAAUUUUCAACCACAUAUAUUUCACCUAUUACGAGUUUAUUUCACAGACCAUCAGCCCUGACUAUAAUUUCUAGGCGCCACCAGUGCCCAAGCGGCCUUAGCAUAGUGUGUUUGAAACCUGAAUCAAAUGACCAGUUCCAGUUGGGCUUCACGCAGAGGAUUUUCUUUCCCCGUGUGCUGCUAGAACAGUGUGCCUCCAUCCUGUGGUCGGUGGUGUGAUUGUCUCCUUUGCAGGUAGAUCAAACAGCAAAAAUGUACCCUUGAUAUCAUUAUCACAGUAACACUAAUCAAAUGUAGACUCAAACCUACAAAUUAAUGAUGUUUAUAAGAGGUGGUGUUGUGUGAAGUAUUCAUAUUCAAGAUUAUUGUCUCGUUAAGUUUGUAAUAAUGAUUUGUGAAACGUUACCUGUUGUUCAUAGUCUCGUUAGGUCUUCGGUUGCAAGGGGAGAGAAUGAAAGCGUGUGUGCAUAUGUCUGUUACUAAGUCGUCAGGGUGUCCUUUAUGUACCCUCAUGGAUAUACAUUUAAUGGGAAUACAAACAUCAAUAACUAAAUUUGUUCCAGUCUCUCAGGGUUGUGCAGUGUGAAGCAGGGAAUAAAUUUUGUUAAAUUCUAAAACUGAUGCAGUCUCUUCUGCAGGGAUGCUGUGUUAGUUAUUGCUCCAUGACCCUGACUAGCAAACAUUAAUUUGAGUGAAAUUAUCAAGUGGAGAUUUCUAAGUACCUUGCCAAUACUCAAUAUAAUUAAAAAUAUUAACUAUAUCAUCAUCUGAACUCCACUUGUAUGCUUCAUGUCUGUAUGAAUAUCCUCUCAAAGUUUUUGUUAUAUUUUUCAGUCUGGCUGAGACAAUUUUGAAGUAAUCAAAAUUUACAUGGUGUGAUUUCAUUCUCUAAGCUUCUCAAAGUAAUUAAACAUCAUUCAUAAAGCUCUAUACAGGCAGCCAUUCCACUGUUAGUUGAAGAAUUUAAUACAUGUUAUAUUUUGUAAAAUUUGCUUUAUAUAAGCAAGCAUAUAGUAAUUUUGAUAUAUAAGGCACAUAAUUUCCUCACAGUGUUUGCCAGCACCUGAGAGUCAGCGUGCCUGGCGGUGGUGAUGGUUGUGGCGGUGAAGGUGAGGGGGGGUGGGGCAGGAGACUCACCGGACCCAGAAAAGACAACUUAAGAAUUUCCAAAACUGUUAUCCCAUAAAAAUUAAGCAAACCUUGUUCAUGUUCACAUUUGUUUAUGCAUUUCCUAGUUUGAUAUGUUCCUUAUCAAUAAAACAAAGAAUUUAACGUGUGUGGGAAUCCCUUGCCAGAGUGAAGAGGAGGUCACUCUCCAUCUCUCAUCUUCCUUCUUAAUAUCUCUGUCUCUUCUUUCAUUCUUUAUUCUCUCUUAAUGUAACUCUGUGAUUCAAAUAUUUCCUUCGGGGCAAAUUUACUCAUAGAUUGAAAGGUUUUAAGAAAUGUAAGAAAUGUAAGAAAUGCAAGUCGUUUCGGCGAACCCAAGGUACGGGUUUAGGGUCUGUCGCAGGCUUUUGUGAGAAAUCUUGCCCGGACAGCCGUUGGACUGAAGAACCGCCGCUAGUUGGAAGGAGAAUCUGCCAGGUUGAGGAAUAGGAACGCUGGGGAUGGGUAAGCCACCGUGAGGGGAAGGGUGGGAUCUGGGAGACAUUUAUUCUAUUAUAAGUCAAUAUAUAUGCUAUUGAUCAAAGAUAAUUUAUCUUAGAAAACGGGGACGCACUAAAGUCUUGCCAUUGCUAUACUGGAAGGAUGAGGGGAACGUGCUGUAUGCUGAACCAAAUGUUCAUUAAAGUUGAAACCUCAAAUGUUUGCUAAACUGUUAAAAAAUAUUACCAACCAAUUUAGGAAUUAUCUUAUAUUUAGUAGCGGUUUUGUAUUUUACCACUCUUAUUUUGCAUCAAAAGACAAGGUGAAAAGUUGAAAAUAGUUUCAGCAGAGAAAAAUGAAAAAAAAAAAGGAAAAGCCCUAGGGUUAGUAGAGUUAGCAGGGAGUGCACCCAGACACCCGGGCCCAAGGUGUACAAGGUUGUGGCGCUGCCCAUCAGGGUGAGAAGCACCAAGGGAGUUUUUUGUUGGUCUUUGGUUUGUUUUUUACUUCCCAAUUAAAUUUCUGGCAAUCUGAUUUUUAUUAUACUGUUUCUCGCCAAGUUUUAAGGUUGAUCAUGUUGUUGGUCAAAUCUGUACUGUUUUGUUUCUUGCAAUUCCUUUAUCUUCAGUAUUAUUUAUUUGUUGCUUCUUUUACACUGGUAGGUUCCAUUGUUUCCCAGCACUAAAAGUAAAACUGGGAAGAAAAAUUAAUUGAUCAGAGAGGUAACUGAGGGUCAUGCUGAAUAAACACAAGGCAAUAACCUCACCAUUUAGUCUCUUUGGUACACCACUUUUUUAUGAUAAAGGAAACAGCUGCAAGGGCCUACACAUGGCAGCUCCUUUAGAUGGGUUAUUCACCAUACAUGUAUUUCUUCCCAUCCAUAAAUAUAUCUAACUUUAAUUAAAGGUUUCAACCAUGUUUGCCUCAGCUACAUGCCUGUUCACUUUACUCCACUCGUCCAUUACCCUGUUCAUGAACCAGUUUUUCCCUAUUAUUUUUCUGAACCUAAAUUUUUCCAAAAUUUAUCCCUUAAACAAAUAGAGUGGCUUGGAGGCCUUCAUCUUUUUGGAAUACAGGGGCCUAGGUGGCUUUUCCCAGCACUGGUCAUAGGUGGCAGGCUCAUCCAGCGUGUAGCAUCGAGGGGCCCCGCCUCAUAGUCUGGCCCCCAGCAGAAAUGGGUCAGGGUUGCAGGUCCCACUUCAGGGGUUGGACUAAAUACUAGUGGUGUGCAGGGACACAGGAUCCCUUAGAGGGGUUGGACUAAAUACUAGUGGUGGGCAGGGACACAGGAUCCCUUAGAGAGGUUGGACUAAAUACUAGUGGUGGGCAGGGACACAGGAUCCCUUAGAGGGGUUGGACUAAAUACUAGUGGUGGGCAGGGACACAGGAUCCCUUAGAGGGGUUGGACUAAAUACUAGUGGUGGGCAGGGACACAGGAUCCCUUAGAGGGGUUUGACUAAAUACUAGUAGUGGGCAGGGACACGGGUUUCUUUAGAGGAUAAAUUCCCUGGCCACCACUACAACUUAAAAUAUAAACUGAUAGGGUCGUGAUAUAUUAGUUAUGGGUGAGAUACAGUUGGAUGGGAAUUCAUAAUAGAGAAUGAAUAUAUCCAAGUACCAUGCCCAUGGGUCCCCAUGCUCUUGAUAAAAUCAUUUAAAAUGAUCCACUUAGAAGAUACCACUACGUAUGACAACUUUUUGAUGCAAUCUGAACUCUCCCAUCUUCAAGGAUUUCUAGUAAAGCAAAUGAAACUUGUUUAUGGUAUGUCAAAUCCUUUACAUAUACAUUAACAAUCGGCUGGUAACACAAAACAUAAGUACAGUACAUAAACCAGCUUAUGCUCGGAUGCAGUUCCAAAACUUUCUGAGCAUUAUGUUUAUAUAUUUCCAUACUACAAGUCACCAAGUAGCUAUGCUGCAGUAUUAUGACAUAUAUACACCCAUAUCAACAUUUCUUUUUCAAUCACUAGCAUCAUAGAUGAACUAGAGUACUAAAAAUUUGAGGUAACAAUCAGGGACUCCAAUGUACAAGAAUACCAAGUUUGCUAAUGUGAAAACAAAUAUAUGUACUAUUUAGUAGCCUUCAGACUGUUCCUCACAUACCAGAACAAACCGGUUGUAUUUCUAUUUGACUGCCUAGCUCCCCAGCAUAUUAUUGCCUAAAUAUUUAGCUUAUUCAGUACUCUGGGCUCUUCUGUCAUCAGACCUGUACUCUAACAAUCUUCAUUUUUUACUUAAUAAUCUCUUUAAUGAUUAGAAACAUUUACUUUGUUUUAUUAUGGUCCUAAGUGAGCUACUAUCACCCUAAAGUUCAUGGUGAUAUUCUGGUUCCUGAAAUGAAGCAAGUGAAGUAGAUAAAUGCUAAAAAAUAUACAUAGAAACUAGCACAAGGGGCUUUAACAAUACACCUAAAAGCAAAGACUCACUAAUGGACUACAGACCAGCUGAGUCUAUUCAAUUUUCAUUUUUAUUAAUAUAUUGUUCUUGGUUUAGAUGUUAACCAUCUGCAUAGUUUACAGUUCCCAUAUUUUUCAUAAAACUGAAAAAUUAGGAGACAACAUACUCUUAUGAGUAAUACACCUCAUUCUCUUACACAGUAAUAAUAGUUUAGGGCCAUGGGUAAAAAGUAGCACAAUGCAGUGACAAAACUAUUCAUACAUUUUGUAAUUAUUAAUUGACUGAACUUGUCACACUCUUGUCAGAUUAUCCAUUAAUUGACUGCACCUGUCACACUCUUGUCAGAUUACCAUGUGACAACCAAACAAUUGUCUCAAUCAUAUGAACAGAAUAAUGUCUGUCUGGAAUAUUUAUUUAACAUAAUGUUUAUAGGAAUCAUAUCUAUGCUGAUUUCCCAUCACAAUAAAGUUUCCAUGCAAUGAUUAAGUCAUUUGCUGCACUGAAAAUUAAUAAAUUUCUAAAAUGCUAAUGCAGUUAUUGAAAACUGUCACUUCAUUGCAAGCAUGGAAAAGUUACAAAAUAAUACAUUAAUAAUUCAGUACUUUUAAUAAAAAAUCGUUGCCAGAUAUCAAGGUAAUUAUUGUGAGAAAAGUCGCAUCUUGUCAUGUAUGCUUGAAAGGAGUGAAGAGGAACUGUUGCUAACAUAAUUACAGGGACUUUCAAAGGCUUCAACACUCAUUUUGAUAUCAAGGGCUUGAAGAGAGGAGAUAAACUGUUGUUCUCCAUCUGUAACUCUUUUCCCCAAACACAGUAUGAUGAGGCAUCCAGACUAGAAUGUAGAAAAAAUCAUAGAUUACCCAUGUAUUGCCUUGUUUCUGAUAUCCAUGUAAUUGUCAGGUCAUUGCAAAUUUCUAGCAA